AUGGGUGCCUACGUCGAGGGCGAAGAGUCUGGGGGUGUUCCUGGAUAUCUCCCUUUCCGUGGAGACCCAGCUCACCACCACUGCCAGGUCUGCCUUUUCCUGUCGGAGGCGGAUCAGACAGCCCCAUAUCUUACUCCCCAAGACUUAGCGACACUAGUGCAGAACGCGGCAGCGAGGGUGUUGACGGCGACGCCUGUGCGGGCUCGUAUCCACCCGGUGCUGCGCGAACUGCACUGGCUACCUAUUGAAUUCCGCAUCCGUUUCAAGGGUAGCAUGUUUGCUAGGAAAAGGGCAGGAGAGAAACUGGGCAAAGUUGAUACUCCCACAGUUUAUGGGACACUGUCGUAUCCAGAGAGAUCAGACGUUCUGGCCGAGCUUGGUAGCCCAACUGUUGCUUGUAGCCUUUCUGCACAGCUGACUCGGGAGAGGGGCUCCUGUCGUGAUGGAUCAGAUCAUCAGAAACUGGAACGGGAAGCUCGAAUUUGCAGACUACUAAAACAUCCCAAUAUUGUUCGGCUCCACGAGAGUAUCUCAGAAGAAGGGUUCCACUACCUCGUCUUUGAUCUGUCGUUCCCUGCUGGAUAUGACCAGGAUGACUUCUCAAGCCAGCGUGCCCGUCUGCCCCUGCUGAGCGCCUCCUGUGCCUUGCCGGCCUCGGGGUUUGCUGGCACUCCGGGCUACCUGUCCCCUGAAGUCUUAAGAAAAGAUCCUUAUGGAAAGCCGGUGGAUAUCUGGGCCUGUGGAGUUAUUCUGUAUAUAUUACUCGUGGGGUACCCACCGUUUUGGGAUGAAGAUCAGCACAAGCUGUAUCAGCAGAUUAAAGCAGGGGCCUAUGAUUUUCCUUCCCCAGAGUGGGACACGGUGACUCCCGAAGCCAAGAACUUGAUCAACCAGAUGCUGACCAUAAACCCAGCCAAGCGCAUCACCGCUGACCAGGCACUUAAGCACCCAUGGGUGUGUCAACGAUCCACUGUGGCCUCUAUGAUGCACAGGCAAGAGACUGUGGAAUGCUUGAGAAAGUUCAAUGCCAGAAGGAAGCUCAAGGGCGCAAUCCUCACGACCAUGCUGGUGUCUCGAAACUUCUCAGUUGGCGGCAGGCAGAGCUCCGCCCCUGCUUCGGCCACCCUGAGCGCUGCCGCCGGCCUGGCUGAGCAAGCUGCCAAAAGCUUACUGAACAAGAAGUCCGAUGGCGUCAAGAAAAGGAAGUCCAGCUCCAGCGUGCAUUUGAUGGAGCCACAAACUACCGUUGUCCACAAUGCUAAUGAUGGUGUGAAGGGUUCCACAGAGAGCUGUAACACGACCACCGAAGACGAGGACCUGAAGGCUCCCCCCCUCUCCAUCGGGGACAGCAGCUCAAUGCCCGAAGGACGGAGUCGCUCUGAGAGCAAGCCCGAGUCCCUGCCGUCCCAGCUCUCUCUCUGUUACACAGCCACGACUGCCACACAGUCUUGUGAGGAGAAACUUCUUGCCUGGGACAGCCCAGGGCAAACGGUGGAGUUGGAUCGUGCUCAAUCGGAGCCUGACCUAACUCCAGUCGUCCCAUUUAUGCUUAACAGUCCGCCAUUGCGCAAGCAAGAGAUCAUCAAGAUAACGGAGCAGCUGAUUGAAGCGAUCAAUAACGGAGACUUUGAGGCUUACACGAAAAUCUGUGACCCGGGACUGACCUCUUUCGAACCGGAAGCCCUGGGGAACCUUGUGGAGGGGAUGGACUUCCACAAGUUCUACUUUGAAAACUUACUGUCCAAGAACAGCAAGCCGAUCCACACCACCAUCUUGAACCCCCACGUCCACGUGAUCGGCGAUGACGCGGCCUGUAUUGCCUACAUCCGCCUGACGCAGUACAUCGACGGCCAAGGCCGGCCUCGCACCACGCAAUCGGAGGAGACUCGUGUCUGGCACCGCCGGGAUGGCAAGUGGCUGAACGUCCACUACCACUGCUCUGGGGCCCCCGCAGCACCGCUCCAGUGAAGCUGAAAGACGGCAGCUUUCGGAGAUACUCAGCGGGAGGGCAACAUCUUCUCAGCAAGCAGCUCUGGAGUGCCUGAAUCACAGCGACGGUGAUGUUGGUUUUGACGUUUAAAAAAAAAAAAAAGAAUUACAAAACCGGCAGCAGCCAAAUGCACGAAACCCUGCAUGAAUCCGAUGCUGCGGGCACUGCCGCCUUUCUGUUGUUUUUCCAUGGAUCCAUCGUGUCUGUUUCUGCUGUACGAAGGUGUCUUUUAAAUCUUGAGCGAAACCCAUCUUGUUUGUAUAGAGAAAAGAGGUCGUCGCCCAAGGUGGAGUGUCCACCGCCUCCUCUCCAGGGCUGAGGCCAGGGUGGCGGCUGGAGCGUCUUUCGGGGUCCGGAGCGAAGCCGGGGGAGAGCAGGCGGCAGAGGGCCGUGCCUCCUCAGGAAGGGAUGGUGGGGUCUCCCUCCCCUUGUCUCCGGCCUGUGGCUGGGGAGGGGGGCCUGGGGCCAGCGUGGAGAAGAGGGAGGGCCAGGUAGGAGGAGGACGCUUCUCCCCCCCUCUGCCGUCCAGCAGACGGACUUGGGCCUGAAUUGUCGGCAGCGGGGACUCCGCAGCAGCCGGCCGCCGGUUCCCAUGGACGGACUGCGCAAAAAUGAACAAUAAUGUUUUCAGGAACAAGUUUGCGCUGGUUUUCAGUAGCGUAGGCGCUUGCGCUUCAGAGAUGCACUGAUUUUUAGAAACAGCCACUCCUCGGAGGCACGGAACCAGCUGAUAA